GGACCUGCGUGCGAGCGAAUACAGGAAAGCCGUGUUUUCGGGCGGACAAUCGUCGUUGGCUCGACUUCGGCGUUCCUUUCACUACUAUAAAUACGACUGAUUAUUUCAUAGCCGAGUUUACUUUUGAACUGACUUUCACUGUGUCCACGUCUCUCUGAAUUUCGCAGCUCGUUCUUACCGUUUAUUCGGGUGCGCUGCCAAGAAGCAGAAAGGCAUUGCCGGUCUACCUUCAAACAAGUUUUGUACUACGGAUAAAAUCAUAAAUUUUAACAGUGUGGUGUCAUUUGGCUCGUUAGCGCGCGUGGUCAAUUACGUUACGCCAAGUGGACUCGUAAGUUCCGUCUGGUGCAAAAAGUGUUUUAUAGGAGAUUACUGUGAUUGUUACGAUAUUCCAGCUCAGUAUAAAAAUGAAACCAUUCACUUUCGGAAUCGUUAUCGUUGCUGCUUUCUGCGUGGCCAAUGUCAUCGGUGCCGACGAGCCAGCGAAGGAAAGCGAUGAGGAUGGCAUCAAAAUCUACAAACGAUUGAUUCCUGCCGAUGUGCUUAGAGAUUUCCCCGGCAUGUGCUUCGCUUCGACCCGUUGUGCAACCAUUGAACCAGGAAAGUCGUGGGAUCUUGCUCCAUUCUGCGGUCGUUCCACUUGCGUCGUCUCCGAUAACAAUCCGUCACAGCUGUUGGAACUGGUCGAAGACUGUGGACCACUGCCAUUGGCCAACGAUAAAUGUAAGCUGGAUACCGAGAAGACUAACAAAACCGCUCCAUUCCCGUAUUGCUGUCCUAAGUUUAGCUGCGAGCCAGGAGUAAAACUGGAAUACCCAGAAAUCAAAGCUCCCGAAGGAACCCAAGAGGAAAAGCAAAACUAAACACGCAAGCCAGCCGUAACAUGCAGCGACAUGAAAGCCUACAAGAAUAAAACCUCAAUCUUUUUUUUUUAAAUGUACUUCCAUAUAUUGUGCAGAAGACACGUUCAGUUGCAACAUUUUAAGGGUAAUCUAAAAGUAACAAGAAAAGAAUGCGUAUUAUCGAGCAAGAUCACCGUAUACCUAUUAGUCAAGUAUGUGAUAUUAGAAAUAUGUAUUUAUCAGAAAACGUACUACUUUUUAAUACACUGAUUUUCGCUACUCUUUAGAUCCCUUUUGUAAAACUUUCAAUGUAUAGUUGUUGAACACGGGAAUUAUAGUAUAUUCACUAUCUGUAUCCUCCAUAUCAUCAAAAAUUACAGAAAACUACUUAAUUUUUUGUUCUGUCAGUUCGAAAAGCUAUGACUGUUUUGAAUAAAGUUUUCGGUCGAUCAAAA